AUGAUGCAGACAAACAUGAUACCAGAUAAUGCUAGGACGUCCUCCAGAAACGACGCGCAGUCGGAUCGCCGUGAGGCUGCGAGAAAUGGACUACGGCUACCGUAUCAAGAGCGAAUACGACUAAAGAAGCUAGCUCAGAGGGCACAAAAGAGAAGCAAGCGAAGAAGAGACAUAUCAGUCGCAACACUGAAUGUGGGGUCUAUGACGGGUAGAUCUAGAGAAGUAGUUGACCUAAUAGAAAGAAAGAGAAUCAACGUCCUAUGUGUGCAGGAAACCAAGUGGAAGGGAAAGGAAGCUAAAGAGAUAGGGCAGGGCUACUUGCUGUUCUAUAAUGGUGAUGGUAAUAGAAGGAAUGGAAUAGGUAUUCUGCUUGACUCAAGAAUGAAGGAGGGAGUGUUUGAGGUGAGCAGAGUGUCAGACCAGCUGAUAGCAGUGAAAGUGAGCAAAGAAGGGCUGAUAGUCAACAUCGUUAGUGCUUACGCACCCCAGCCUGGCUGUGAAGAGGAAGAAAAGGUGGAGUUUUGGAGACAACUAGGUGACCCCCUCAGUUCAGUAGAGGAAAGAGAGGAGCUGUGGUUGGGUGGGGACCUAAAUGGACAUGUAGGAAGUGCGGAAGAAGUCAAUGGAAUACACGGAUAUGGAGAAAGAAAUGAUCAAGGUGACCAGAUCCUUAGCAUAGCAGGAAUGUUUGGACUGGUGGUAGCUGACACUUACUUCUCUAAACCGGAAGCAAAGAAAGUUACCUUCUCCAGUGGAGGUAGAAAGUCACAAAUUGAUUACAUCAUGACUAGGCGGAGGAGUCUGAAAACCCUCAGAGACUGUAAAGGUUUCCCAGGAGAGGAGGUCGCAAACCAGCACAGACCUGUGGUAUGUAAAAUAAUCAUCCAAGCAGAUGGAACACCCAAGUACAACGGGAUGAAGAAAAUUAAGUGGUGGAGAUUGAAGAAAUUGCUAUACAAAGAGGAGUUUGUUACGAAGAUAAAAGAAAGAAUAAGUGGCAAGGAGACUACCUGGGAGAUACUGAGUGAGAAUAUGAGAAGUGUGGCUACAUUAGUGCUCGGAGAAACAUCAGGAAAGGCACCAAAGGCGGGUAAAGACACAUGGUAG